AUGGUUUCCUAGGAGACCGUGCAGCAGCUGCGCUGCGGUUGGCCCGCAGGGAAGAUGGGGGUGGAGUCGGAGGAGGAAGGCGGCCCGGCGGAGGAAGAAGACGUUCCUCGUGCCAUGGAGCCCUCGGACGCGGGGGUGGCGGGCAGCUUGCGGGCAGUUUGCGAUCAAGGGGCACCAACACAAACCUUUUCGUCGAGAGUCAUAGUCCAUGUGGAUCUGGAUUGCUUCUAUGCCCAAGUAGAAAUGAUCUCCAAUCCAGAAUUAAAGGAUAAACCUUUAGGUGUGCAACAGAAAUACUUGGUGGUUACUUGCAACUAUGAAGCCAGGAAACUGGGAGUGAAGAAGCUUAUGAAUGUCAGAGAUGCAAAAGAAAAGUGCCCUCAGCUGGUCCUAGUGAAUGGAGAAGACUUGAGUCGCUACAGAGAGAUGUCCUAUAAGGUCACGGAAUUGUUGGAGGAAUUUAGUCCAGCUGUCGAGAGACUUGGAUUUGAUGAAAAUUUUGUGGAUCUAACAGAAAUGGUUGAGAAACGACUGCAGCAGCUUCCAAGUGAUGAGCUUCCGUCCGUGACUGUGUUCGGCCAUGUUUACAAUAGCCAGUCCGUGAACCUACACAACGUCAUGCACCUGAGACUUGUGGUUGGAUCGCAGAUUGCAGCAGAGAUGCGGGAAGCCAUGUAUAGUCAGCUUGGGCUCACGGGCUGUGCUGGAGUGGCUCCUAAUAAACUCUUGGCAAAGUUAGUGUCUGGUGUUUUUAAACCAAAUCAACAGACAGUCUUAUUACCUGAAAGCUGUCAACAUCUCAUUCACAGUUUGAACCACAUAAAGGAAAUGCCUGGUAUCGGCUAUAAAACUGCCAAGCGUCUCGAAGUGCUGGGAAUCAGUAGUGUGCGUGAUCUGCAAACCUUUCCAACCAAAACAUUAGAAAAGGAAUUAGGAACUUCAGUUGCUCAGCGCAUCCAGAAGCUCAGCUUUGGUGAGGACAAGUCUCCUGUGACACCGUCAGGGCCACCGCAGUCCUUUAGUGAAGAAGAUACGUUUAAAAAGUGUUGUUCAGAAGUGGAAGCUAAAGCUAAGAUUGAAGAAUUACUUUCCAGUCUCUUGAACAGAGUAUGCCAGGAUGGAAGGAAGCCCCAUACAAUAAGAUUAGUCAUCCGUCGAUACUCUGAUAAACACUGUAAUCGAGAGAGUCGUCAGUGUCCUAUCCCAUCCCACGUCAUUCAGAAGUUAGGGACAGGAAAUUAUGACGCGAUACCUCCCCUGAUUGAUAUCCUUAUGAAACUUUUUCGAAACAUGGUGAACGUAAAGAUGCCCUUUCACCUGACUCUUCUAAGUGUGUGCUUCUGCAACCUGAAAGCCCUGAGCAGUGCUAAGAAAGGGCCUAUGGACUGCUACCUAACGCCAUCGCACUCAACAACUGCCUACUCCUGCACGUGCAGCUUUAAAGUGAAGGACACCCAUAAGGAAGACUCCUACAAGGAGAAAGAUGCAAACUGUGAUUGUCUACCAAGUAGAAGAAUUGAAAGCACGAGAACAGGGGAGCCUCCAUUGGAUGCCACCUGUUUUCCUAAAGAAAAAGACACGAGUGACAUACCACUCCAGUCGCUGCCAGAGGGUGUUGACCAAGAAGUCUUUAAGCAACUUCCAGCAGAUAUUCAAGAAGAAAUCCUUUCUGGAAAAUGUAGAGACAAUCUUCAAGGGAAAGGGAGUUUAAGUUGUCCGUUACAUGCCUCUAGAGGAGUAUUGUCUUUCUUUUCUGCAAAGCAAAUGCAAGCCAGUUGCUUAAGCCCCAAAGAUACUAUGUUCACGAGCAAGCAGGCAUCAGCCAUGUCUCCCUGUGAGCCGGGAACAUCGGGACUGAAAACUAGCAGCUCCUCCCAUCCAUCCUGUGGAAAAGAUUGUUCCUAUUAUGUAGAUAAUCAGUUAAAGUUAAAGGACAAACGAACGAAAAGCUCUACAGAGACUCAAGGAUUCCACUUUUCCAAUACCAACCCUGCUGUUUCUGUUUUUCAUUCAUUUCCAAAUCAGCAGAGUGAACAGCAUUUCUCCACUCGCUGCACUGCAGACAGCCCCAGGCAGACAGCCAGCACCUCUCACCAGGGCCUGGAAAACAGAGAGCAAGAUCCUGUGCAUGAGCAGCCUACUUUCCCACCAGACAUUGAUCCUCAAGUUUUCUAUGAGCUUCCAGAAGAAGUCCAAAAAGAACUGAUGGCUGAAUGGAAGAAGGCUGGAGUAGAGCUCCCCUCUGUGCACAGAUAAGUGCACUCAGGAAAAGUGGCAGGCACUCUUCUCACUGAAGAACACUCUGGAAGGCUCAGUCCCUACAAACACCCAAUGAGGAAAAGACUGCUUUCGCAGCAGCUGUAGCCAACCAUGCAAAAGACAGAAAGAAGGACACCUGAACGCAUGGCCGGUGACUGGGACUGAAGUCUUGAUCAAGACUAAAAGGAGCAAAAGUAUGCAGAGUAUGAUGAAGUUAAAUCCUGCUUAGAGUGACUUUGGAAAGAGUCAAUGAAAUACAGGAAGAUGAUGAGUAGGAGAAGCAGGAGAGGCUGGGGCAGAUGGAAGAGAUGGUAGAGCAGAGAAUACUGUUACAGAAGGUCAGAGACUAGAGAAUCAAGGAGGUUUACUAACAUUGGGUACGUGUUUGCAAUUCAGAUAAAUAUAAAAACGCAAAUAAGAAAGCAUAGCAUUUAACAAAAUCAUAUCGAUUCUGUUGCUAGCACAGUUCACCUGAUUUCAUCCAUUCCCAAUCAUGUCCAACCUUCAGGCCAGUCUUGCCCAGAACAACUUGCACCAUGGCCCAGCCUGGUGAAUGCCUAAUUCCAGGUUUUUCCACGCUUCCCAAUUCCACCCUGAGGACAUGCUUUCAUAAUACAAGAUGGUGCCCUGCCCGCUGCUAAAAGAGGGAACUUUCUUUAAUUUUCAGAUCUAUGUUCUUAAUCAUCUGGAUUAUUAAAAAUACUUGUGAAAUUUGUACACAGAAAGAUGUAUAUGCAUAAAAUGCAACUAGUA